CUAUAACAGUUAGAAACGAUCAACUUCACACUCAAUCGAAGACACCCAGACUCUGUGAUCAUUCUGACUACACCUCAGCAUAUAUCGCUACAAGAAGCAGUAAAUCUUCUCCUUGCUUGCCAGGUGAACCUCUGUCGAUCAUCUAAAGAAAGGCACAGAUCCGCCUGUGCUGAUCAAACAUCUGUCAUGGCUUCUUACAAGUCCACGUUCAAUUCUCCUCGGUCUUCUCCCUUUCGCCGUCCUGCUUCACCAGGUUCUCCGACUACUGCCAGUGGAAGACCAAAUACUCCGCCAACAAACAGAAGCGGCGCAUCCCCCAUGACUUCUCCAUCCAAGCUCAAACAUGCAUACACCGUGUCAGAAGAAGAGGAGGAAGACGAGAUAAUCUCAACACCGUCGAAAACAAAGACCGACUCUGGGUCAUUUAGAAGGGCGCAGACGGAACCCCCUCCAUCACCCACCGCACACAGAUUACCCUUUUCCAACAAGCUUGACAACAACCCCAUGAGCGCCUCUCCUGGGAUUUCUAGAGAGCCUCGAAGACUUGUCUCUAACGGUCUCUCCCAGAAUGACAACCUCUCCAAACUCCCACCCCAACUCCUCCACAAUAUGCGCGAGUCAUUCUCGGUACUUGACUCUAACUCAAAUGGAACUAUUGACGCCGCCUCAGUCGCCGAAACACUCCAAUCAUUAGGCCUACACGAGAGCAACCUCUCCCAAUUCUUCCCACCCGGACAACCACAACAGCUCUCGCUACCACAAUACCUUAAUCAACUCGCAAACAUUCUGGUCGGUCUAUCUCCCCAGCAAGAGCUGCUCAACGCAUUCUCCGCCUUUGAUGACGAUGAUAGCGGGCAAAUUGAUAUUUCAGAGCUCCGCUCCGCACUACGAAAUACAGCACCAGAUCCAGGCCAACGUCCUUUGAGCGAGAGAGAUAUUGAUCGAGCCAUCGAGGGGUUCACGGGCAGAAGAAUUCUGGGCAAGAAUGUAAUCGGCAUUGCUGGUGUUCGGGGUCUUAAUACCCCCGCUCCAAAGAAAGGCGGUGAUGUGUUCCGUUACCAGGAAUUUGUGGCGAACUUGACCGGCGGUCCUGCCACAGAACAGGCCCAGGGAGUUCAGGCACGAUAAUGAGUUUUG